AUGGAUAUUCCUUAUCAAAUAAUUCCUUAUUGUAUACGUUCAUUGAAUUUUUCAAACAAUUCACUGAUCAAUAACGAAACACAUAUUAUUCAUGGAACAUCAAUUACGUUUGAAACAUUGCAACAAAAUAAUAUAACAAGUGAAAAAUUAUAUUUAUCAUUUGCACCUAUUGAUGUUGUCGAAAGAUAUCAAGCUUUUCUCGAAAAUCCACAUUUGUCUUCAUCGAUGCAAAUAUUUUAUAAUUGUUCUAUACCAUGGUUUGGUGAAUUUUGUCAAUAUACAUUUAAUUCGACAUUAACAUUUAAAGAACUUGUAUCAUCUUUUAGUUCAGCUUAUUCACAUAAUUAUCUAUUUCAACGUGGACCAUGUUAUACAUUCUUAAAAUGUGAUCGAGGUUUAGCACCACCUUGUCUCGACUGGAGAGAAAUAUGCGAUGGUAAGAUCGAUUGUUUGGAUGGAGGUAACGAUGAAUUUGGUUGUGAAGAAUUAAUUACAAACGAAUGCAAGGAGGAUGAAUUUCGCUGUAGUAAUGGAUUUUGCAUUCCAAAAGAAUUUUUUAGCGAUGAGACGUUCGAUCCAGAUUGUAUGGACAGUUCAGAUGAAAUAAGUUCAGGCGCUGACGCAAAUAAUGAUUACCAACGUUGCGAACUGGAUCCAUCAUUCAGGUGUGAAGAGAGAACAUGUCGAAAUGAACGAUGGAUUCCAUGUGCUAAUGGUGAUUGUAGUGUAAAAGCAUGUACUAACAAUCGUCAUCUUCUAUUAUUACAAGCAAAAUUAUCUAGGAAUGCGAAUUCUCAUUUAUCUUUUGAUUGUUGGAUAAGUAUGAUUUGUUUGAGCGUUUAUUUUGAUAAUCGUUUUGAUCUUGUCGAUGAAAUGAAAUGUAGAGAAAAGAAUAUUAGUGAAAGUCUUUUUCGACAAAAUUGUCCAACAUUUUUCUUCUUUCCUGCUCAAUCAAUUAUAUUGAAUCAUGUACGCUUUGCCUAUGAAAAGAAUUUCACAAAUAAAUAUCGAUAUAAUCUCCUUUUGCCUCAUUAUGUAUGUUACGAUCAACAAUUAUGUGAAUGGCUUCCGGCUACUAUUUUGAAAAAUAAUUUAACUUGUCGAACUUUAUCUGAAUUGAACUUAGAUAAAGAAUUGAAAUUACCGGAAUCUUUGGAAUAUAUUAUAUUGAAUUUUUUUCUCAAAUGUUCAACUAUAGUGAAUACAUAUGAUCAGUGUCCGAAAUCAAAACCAUUUCGAUGUGCAAAUUCGUCAAAAUGUCUUUCCUUAAGUCGAAUUCUCGAUGGAGAAAGUUCAAAUAAAUUAAAAAUGGUAUAUUUUACACUGAAAAAUCAUCGAAAUUAUCCUGAUAUUGAUGGUAUCAACAACGAAGACAAUUCCAUUGUGACAACAUCUGUCGACAGUGUUCCUUCUGAUAAAUUCACUGUUAAUUGGGAUCAACUGGCCAAUUAUAAUCUAAAGGCAUUUUGUAAUCGUGGAUUUCCAGUCUAUGUCAAUAAUUUAAAAGAACACUAUUGUCUAUGUCCACCAGCCUAUUUCGGAUAUCAAUGUGAAUAUCAAAGUCAACGUGUUAGUCUUACACUACGGUUUCGAACAGCUGAAUUGCGAACAAUGUUCACUUUUGUUAUGAUGCUUAUGGAUGAAAAUGUAAAUAUACAUUCUUCAGAACAAAUUGACUACAUUUCAAUACGUAAUUGUCGAAAAAAAUACAAUUUCUAUCUUCUCUAUUCAACACGACCUAAAAAUUUCAAUCAUACAUAUUAUGUUCGUAUUGAUGUCUACGAUCGCUUAAAAAUGAAAUAUUAUAUUAGUAUGUACUAUCCUAUUCGAUAUUCAUUUUUACCAGUUUAUCGUCUUGUACUACGACUAGAUAUUCCUAUGCGAGAAGUUAUAACUAUAUCAAAUAAUUGUCCAUUGAAAUGUUUACAUGGACAAUGUAGAUAUUUUUUGAAUUCGGAUAAAUAUUUUUGUCAAUGUGUUAAUGGCUAUUCUGGAAUGUUAUGUACAAUUAAGAAUUCUUGUAAUUGUUCAUCAGAUUCGAUCUGUAUUGGAGUUGUUCAAAAUCGAUCGAUAUGUAUUUGUCCUCAUGGUAAAUUUGGACCACGUUGUUAUUUGAAAAGUACAGUAUGCAUCUCGAAUCCUUGUUUGAAUAAUGGUCGAUGUAUUAUUGGUGAUGAAAAAUUUUCUAAAACUGAAUACUAUUGUCUUUGUCCAGAAGGUUUCAUGGGUGUUCUAUGUGAAAUUAAUCAGACUAAAAUCGAAUUUAUUUUUGAAAAAACAAUACCUAUUCCACAAUCAAUUCUUAUUCAUUUUUUCUAUGUUUCAUCAAUACCUUAUGAACCUGCACAUCUACAUCUUGCUGAUCCAAUACGAACAACUUUGAUAUCAAAAAUUAAAUCCUAUGAACAUUCUACUUUUAUUUAUUAUGGAGGAACAUUUCAUAUGAUAUUUGUCGAAUUCAAUGAACAUCGUUAUCUUGCUUUCCUUCAACAGAAUUCUACAUUGGCAAUGAAUAUUUCAAUAACAAUUAUUCCUCAACAUCAAUGUGCAUCAAUUAAAGAAUUGCUCGAUGAUCAUAUUCAAACCUUACCACGAUGGCAUCGAGCCAAAUAUUAUCAUGUUCCAUGUCAAAAACAUUCAAAUCUUGUCUGUUUCUAUGAUAACGAUUAUUUUAUGUGUCUAUGUGAUAUUGAUCGACAUGCAAAUUGUUUCAAAUUCGACUAUAAACCUGUUUAUAAUUAUUUAGGAUCGAAUUUUUGUACAAAUGAUGGUCAAUACUAUCUAGAUAAUAAUACUUGUCCAACAUCGUCAUCAUGUUUUUGUAAAGACUGUUAUUAUGGUAGUCGAUGUCAAUUUACAACGAAAGGAUUCGGUCUAUCACUCGAUGAUAUUCUUGGUUAUAGUAUUUGGCCUAAUUUUUCUUUUUCGAAACAACCAAUCAUAGUGAAGCUGUGUACAAUUGGAACGAUAUUGAUGUUUUCAAUUGCUAUUGUAAAUAGUAUAUUGUCUAUAGUCACUUUUCAAACAAAAAAUUCACUUAAAAUAGGUUGUGGUAUUUAUCUACUUGGAUCAUCAAUCACAUCUUUGCUUACAAUGACAAUAUUUACUAUAAAAUUUGUUUUACUUCUCAUUUCUCAAAUGUCAAGAAUUACUAAUUAUUCUUUUCUUAAAUCAAAUUGUCUUUGCUUAGAUAUACUCUUGAGAUCAUUUUUGGCUAUCGGAGAUUGGUUAAAUGCUUGUGUGAGUAUUGAACGAACAUUGACUAUUCGACUCGGAAUCAGUUUCAAUAAAGUAAAGAGUAAAGAAAUCGCUAAAAAAAUUGUGUUGGGAAUAUAUUUAUCAGUCUUUGUAAGUUUUAUUUAUGAUCCUAUUUAUCGUCGUUUACUUGAAGAGAUAGAAGAACAACGAAUAUGGUGUGUAGUUCAUUAUCCAUCAUCUGUAAGAAUCUUUGCCACAUUUAAUAAUGUUUUUCAUUUUAUUGUACCUCUUACUAUCAAUUACAUUUCAACUGUAUCCAUAAUUAUUCUAUUAGCUCAACAAAAAUCGAAGACUCGCAAACAAGAAACCUAUAAACAACAUCUAUGGCAACAAUUUCAUAAACACAAACAUCGAUUAUUGAGCUCAUUUAUUUUAGGUAUCAUUGCUCUGCCUCGUCUAGUUAUUUCACUUAUGUCCAAUUGUAUGAAAUCUGCUCGAAAUCCUUGGCUAUAUGUCUGUAGUUAUUUUAUUUCAUUUAUUCCACCAUCAAUUAUAUUCAUACUUUAUGUUCUCCCAUCUGAGUUCUAUCGAAAAGAAUUCAAUAAAGCAACUGUUGGUAUUAGAAAAACGAUUCAAACUCAAUUCCGGUGCAAAUAA